AUGCACCCAAAAAAUAGCACAACCAAUUUUAUCCCUGAUAGAACAACCAUUUCUAAGACUUCCUGUGCAAAUAAAGCAAAAUAAAAUGUACCAAUUUAUGACGACUAUUAAUAUAAAACAGUAAUCCCAAAAUCAGAACAAACAGAAAGACUAUUUCAUUCUUAACUAUUCGAUCCAACUGAGAGUCUUAAAUCAUAAAUACAAGAAUUAAAGAGAUAGAUAAAAAUUAAAGAACUAAGCUAUGAUUAAAUUGCCUCUGCUUUUUAUUCGUCAUAGAAUAAGGUGGAAGAAUUAAAAGAGGCAUUGGAAAUUUCUGAGAAGGAGAAGAAACUAUUAUAAAAUGAAAUCCAAGAGCAGAAUGAAAAUAUUGAGUUCAAAUAAUUCGACAUUAAAUAAUAGCAAGAAUUGUAUACAUUAUUUUAAAAUGAAAAUACUCAAUUGAAGUUAGAAGCAGUUUAAUUAAAAGAUACUAUAUUAAGAUUGCAAAGUGAUAAUAAACAAUUGAAGGAGUAAUUGGAUUCCUUAUUAACAAGUUCAUAGAGUUGUGAAAGGAAGGGUAGUUCAAGAAUGUCAUUUGAUUAUUUAUUGAAUGAUCACGACUAAUCGCAAUUAGGCCAAACACUCUCGGUUAAUGCGUCUGCAAAUUGUGAUAAACAUUGUAAUUGCGCAAAACGACUAAUUAUUAUAUAAGGAGAACUAAAAAAGAGUCAAACUCAAUUAAAAGAGAAGGAUCAAUUGAUUGCUAAAUUGACUGAAUAGAAUUUGUAAUUGUAGAAGGCCCAGAACAGACAAUCUAAAACUCAAAGAAAAUAAAAUCUAUUUGGAACUCCAAUAUCAGAAUUAGAAAAGAGAGAACCAACAUAGAUCAGAGAUGAAUAAAAUGAUACAUUUCGUUAAUUAAAUGGGUAUAUGAGUGAUAAGCAUUUCAAAGAUUGUGAUUAUGCAUAAGAUUCUCAAACGCCAUUAAAAACAUCAUCAAGUGCUAGAUCAGUAUUAAUGAAUAAAACUAAAAAAGAGGUUGAGCAGAUGUAUCGUAAAAUGAAUUCGUCUGCUCUCUUUACUGCUAGUGUAUUCUCAACUAUGUUAGAUUAUAAAAAUUUACAUUAUAACUCUGGAUAAUUCGGAAAUAAAUGUCUCAACUCAAUAAAAAAGUCAUGA